UUGCAUCUCAUCGCCAUGUCCGACGCAGGCGAGGUCACAGUGGCGUCUAACGUCCUAGGUACCAUCGGCACCGUUCUCUGGUGUAUCCAGCUGGUGCCUCAGAUUUGGUACAAUUGGAAACGCAAGAAGACAGAUGGGUUUCCAGCAACUAUGAUGUUUCUUUGGGCAAUCUGCUCCGUUCCUAUGGGUGCAUAUCUGAUUCUGCAGCAAGUGAAUAUCCCGCUGCAGAUCCAGCCUCAGAUAUUUGGCUUUUUUUCCCUGAUUAGUUGGGGUCAGAUAUUGUACUACAAUCAUAACUAUAGCCGGGUCAAGGCAGUCUUGACAUGUGCCGCCACGGUCGUGUUGUUUGGUGGCUUGGAGGCUCUGUUGAUCCUCACUUUGCGAAUUCCAUACAACAACGGCGUGCGAUGGCCGGAUCUCGUUGUUGGAGUCGUCGCAGCCAUCUUACUUAGUGCGGGCUUGUUACCUCCGUAUUUUGAGCUGUGGAAGAGACAUGGGCGCGUGAUCGGGUUCAGUGAGUCUCGGCCAGAUUGGGUGUUCUUGGGCAUUGACACGAUGGGCGGGCUCUUCUCCCUAUUCGCUUUAGCGGCGCAAGGGACCUUUGACAUUCUGGCUGGGGUGUUGUAUAUCAUUGUCGUGGUCCUUGAACUGGGUAUCUAUAUUAGCCACAUCAUCUGGCGUUUCCGAUACCGCCGUCUUCGGAGGGAGGCCAAGGCUGCUGGGAAGAGUAUUGAUGAUCUGUUGGAAUUGCAGAGAAAUAACACGGAAGAAAGGCAGGACCCGGAGAAGGGCCUAGGUGUCGGGAAUGCAGACAAUGGGCAGACAGAAUGA